AUGGAGCGCACAUUUAAUAGUACGGUGUAUGCCAUUGCAAAGAGUGGCCCGGUUGGACCAGCAUACGAUAAUUCAAGCGCAGAGUCGGUGACUGGCCAGACAUCAAUCCCAGGCCAAUGUGUCACCGUUGCAGAGAGUUACAAUUUAUGGGUGACCAGACUUGCCCAAAACUGUGCUGUCUAUAUCUAUGCACAAGAGAACUGCACUGGUGUUGACAGAGAAAUGGGAUACUUUAGUCCUCCAGCCUUUGUCGUUGCAGCCGGUGCAGGUUACUUGGAUGGCAAAUUUGAUUUCGGUGAGGAGUCCAUCGGUCUACGAGACUACCAGGGCCUGCGAGACUGCUAG